AUGUUGUCCAGUCCGUUGGACAACAUUUUCAAGCUCGCGGAAGCGGAGGUAGAAGGUCUCCGGGUCGAGCCCUUCCUGCUGCAGCGCCUGGAGCUGCUCGAGCUGGGCUGCGCGCCUGGCAGCCUCCAGCUCGCGGCGGGCUUCCCAGCGCACGCUGACGAGGGCGGCCUUGCGCAGGUCCAAUUCGGAUUCUGCGGCGGCCCGCUGGGCGUCGGGCAUGGCGCGGUACUCCGCCUUGAGUCGGUCGAGGUCGAGGGCGGUCGCGUUGGGGGUGUGAGGUCCGUUGACGGCAACGGCACCGCCGGGGCCGCCGGUAGGCCGUCCACCGGCGAUUCCCGGGCCCGGUGCGGUGCUGUUCCCGCUGCCGGGAGGGAGGAUCUCGUUGAGCAGGUCGCGAGCGCGAGCACGGGCGGCGGCGUCGUUAGGUGUCGCUACCCCUCUCUGUUGCUGUUGCUGGUGUUGUUGUUGUUGUUGUUGCUGUUGUUGUUGAUGUUGGUGUUGAUGUUGCUGCUGAUGAUGGGGAUGCGGUUGAUGCUCUUGUUGGUGGUGCUGUUGGUGGUGCUGUUGGUGUUGUGGGGCCAGUGGUGGGAGCGGCUGUUGUCCUUGUGGUUGUUGCUGCUGCUGCGGGUGUUGCUGAGGGGGUGGUUGGACCGGCGUCUGCUGCGCACCAGGGAUGACGCGGUUGUUAAGCGGUCCACCUGCUGA